AUGAUACCACUGCUGGAGCAGAAAAUCGCAUAUAUUUUGUACGAAGCGGUGACUAUAAGUGUUUGGGGAACGACACCUCCGUUUAUACCAUUACAGUGCGGGUUAGUCGGGACGACACGUGUAGCGCCAAUACUACACGCUAUGAAGCAGUUUACCAAGCUACAACUGGUCCAUUACAGGGUCGCAUAUUUUAUGAGCAGUUUUGAUGAGUUCAGGAAAGGUCAAUAUGCAGCUCAAAAUAACCAAGCAAGGAGGAAAUAUUUCUUAUGGAAUAUCGAUUAUAACGAUUGCGAGGGAAAGGAUUCCGGUAAUUACACGGUGACCAUGGUCACUAGUCGGGAUCAGGCGUGUGACAUAAACAGUGCCGGUGCCGAUACCAGUUUCUACGAGAUUACACAGCGCCUACCUAAUCGACAACGUAUUACCAGUGAUUUGAAACGGUUGGCACUGUCCACGAUCGCACAGGGAGCUUAUUCGCAAGGUGAAGUUUUGUGGCUAAGUCUCGAUGGUUCACUUGAAGGCAAAUACGUGUACCAAAAGCUGGUUUACUUGGAUUUGAAGUAUCUGUCGAUCUGCUCAUCCAUUCUGGGCUACGACUACGUGACCACUCAGAGCGCGACACUUGUCAUAUCCGAUAGGCUUGAUCUCAAUGUACUGAUAGCGCCUACCGGUGCUUUCGACGAGUUUAGACGCGGAGGUACUACAGUGUGCAGAGGCAAGGGAUGGAUAGUAGGCAGUGCUUCAUAA